AUGUCACCCAAAAUUGCUAUCGUCGGCGCUGGCCCUGCUGGGUUAGCACUUGCUUCUAUCCUCUGUCGUAAUGGCAUUACUCCCACGGUCUUUGAGAGCGAUGCGUCUCCAACGGCACGUCCUCAAGGCGGUUCUCUCGACUUGCACCCCGCCACAGGUCAGGCCGCCCUCGCAGCAUGCGGACUAACCCCUCAAUUCGAAAAGUACGCACGCUAUGAUGGGCAGGACUUUAUUCUGAGUGACAAAAAAGGAAAUCGACUGUUCGAGAUCAAGGACCAAGAAACGGGUAGACCUGAGAUUGAUCGUGAGCAGCUGCGAAGGAUUCUGCUCGACUCGAUCCCGGAAGGGGUGAUUAGAUGGGGCCAGCAUCUUGUCUCUGCAACGCAGGAUACUCUUCAGUUCAAAGAGGGCCAUUCAGAAAGCGGCUUUGACCUAAUCGUUGGUGCGGACGGUGCGUGGUCAAAGAUUCGUCCACUAUGCUGCUACGUGAAUCCCUUCUACUCUGGCAUCACCGGAGUAGAGAUGACGCUGCGAGAAACCAGCACUAAACACCCAGAACUCUCAAAAACAGUUGGAAACGGGUCUUUUUUCGCCUUUGCUUCAGAAGACGGACGCGUAUUGCAGUUCCAACGAAACGACAAUGACACAAUUAAAUGCUAUGCAUUCAUGCGAAAGCCAGACAACUGGGCCAAGAAUUCCGGGAUCGAUUGGCAAGACCCCCAAAGUAUUCGUGCCUCGCUCAAGUCAGACUAUGCAGACUGGACCCCGGAGCUGAGCAGAGUGAUUGAAGAAUUUGAUGGAACGGCCGCUGUGCGACCACUAUACACUCUCCCUCCCAUUCUCCGAUGGCCUUCGCAAAAGAAAGUGACUAUUAUCGGGGAUGCCGCGCAUUUAAUGACCCCGUUUGCGGGCGAGGGAGUGAAUAUCGCUCUGGCUGAUGCUAUGAAUCUUGCCAAGGAAAUCAUUGCGCAUCCGGAUGAUAUCGCUGGCGCAAUCCAUGAAGCAGAGGUGAAAAUGUGGGAUGGGGCCAAGGAUGCCGCCGCACUCGCAUGGGAGAAUACCCUGUUGAGAUACGAACCAGGUGGAUUGGAGAAGACCAUGGAGCGGGUGACUACGAUGCUGAAAAAAUUAGAUGAACACUGA